GUUUUCUCAUUACAAAGAACGGACGAUGUCGACCUCCAAGAAGAUCGUGUUGAAGAGCUCGGAUGGCCACAUCUUUGAGGUUGAAGAAGCAGUGGCUCUCCAGUCGCAGACCAUAGCUCACAUGAUUGAAGAUGAUUGCGUCGACAAUGGAAUCCCUAUUUCCAACAUUAAUGGCGAGAUCCUCUCUAAAGUGAUCGAGUAUUGCAAGAAACACGUCGUCCUCCCCGAUGGUGACUCGUCCUCUUCCUCUAGAGAGGAGCUCAAGGCUUGGGAUGCCGAGUUCAUGAAAACAGACCAGUCGACGAUCUUUAACCUUAUUCUUGCUGCUAAUUUUCUGAAUAUAAAAAAUCUUCUUGAUCUUGGUUGCCAAACAGUGGCUGAUAUGAUCACAGGUAAAACUCCAGAGGAGACUCGUACUGUGUUAAACAUCGAGAACGAUUUCACACCCGAAGAAGAGGAAGAGAUUCGCAAAGAAAACCAAUGGGCUUUUGAAUGAAUGUGUCGAUGAUCUCUUUGGAUGACUUAGUCUCUUUCUCACCUUAUUCGUGUGCUUUCUUUGCGAUGGAUAAUAAAUUAAUAAGAGCAAUGAUUUUUUCUCUUUUCUAUAACGUUUCUUUUUGUUAAUUUUAUAAGGAGUUAGCAUAUUCAAUGAAAUAUACCAAAUAU